AUGGAUGCGCUCCCGGCGUCGCUCUUCGCGCACUGCGCGCGCCGCUUGCGCCGCGCCGCGCGCGCGGCGCUCGAGCGCGCGUCCGCGGAGGAGCGCCGCGAGAUCGAGCGCGACGUCGGGGCCUCGUUCGGGGAUUCGCGGUCGUGCGAGCGCGUCGUGCGAGCGCUCUUCGCCCUGGCUGUCGCUGAAAAAGAUGCGCUGGACGACGGCGCGGACGACGGCGCGCGGUCGGCGGUGCUGGCGCGGGUGCGAGAGACGACGGAGGCGUUGGCGGCGAACGCGGCGGCGGACCGGCGCGCGCGGUGCGCGGGCGUCUUCGCGGAGGCGGCGAAAACGAACGGCGACGACGAGGCGUUGAGACGAGAAGUCGCGCGCGCGACGGCGAAGAGCGCGCGGGACAGAGCGCGGGCGGUGUGGCGACGAGGGGUGAUCGUCAAUCAUCAUCGAGCGUUGAGAGCGGCGGCGCGAGAGGCUGAGGACGUCGACGAGACGUGGGAACGAACGAUCGUGGAACAGAAACCGGCGUUGCGCGCGUACGCGGAAGCCGCUACGGAGGUUGGGAAUCGCGCGUGGGUGGUGAGCGCGCUUGAAUGGUGCGUCGACGCGAUGGGGCGGUAUUUUAGCGAUGGCGAAGGGUCGUUGAAGGCGGCGACGACGUCCUUUUCGUGGCAACUGGCGAACAAACGGCGCGCGAGAGAGUUGAAGCGAGCGAUGACGUCGUCAAAAGCGACGAUAGAAAUGAUGAUGCGAGACGUCGUCGAAAGCGAUGGGCCGAGAGGGACACCCGAUCGUAGCGCCGCCGCGGGGACGUCGAUAAAGAUUUUAGACGUCGGCUCUUGUUGGGAUUACUUUAAUUUGCAUUUUAAAGGACCGUGGCCGGGAAGGUUGAGCGUAGAGACGACUGCGUGCGAUCUAAUGCCAUCGGUACCAUCGGUGUACGAAUGCGAUUGGCUCAAGGUGGAGUUUGGUAACGCGCAAAGAGUGACGGAUCGACGCCUCGAAGCCGUCGCGCAGCACGCCGCGGACGUUGUCGUGUUCAGUCUCGUUCUAAGUUACCUUCCAACGCCGAAACAGCGAGGAGAGAUGGUGCGGCGCGCGCGUUUAGCGUUGAAAAAUCGCGGCGGUGGCUUACUUUUCAUCAUCACCCCGCAUUCGACGGACAAAGGGCACUGCGGACAUAAAGCCCUCCCCAUCCUUAGCGAAUGGCGCGCCGCGCUUCGACAGUUGGGCUUCGAUCGCGUGCUCUACGAACGACUGCGAAGUGUGCACUGUUUAGCGUUUAGAACGAUUGGUGACGGUGAUGAAGCGCGCGUCGCGGCAGCUUCACCGCCGGAGCUUCGUAUAGCGUUCGACGGCGCGGCUACUAGCUUUAGUCUGUGA